GCGGAGCUCGGGUUUCAAGAGGGGCCUCCACCUCCGAGAGUCCUGAAUGGACGUGGAGGUGGUGCAGAAAGAAAGGGGGGAAGAGGAGGCGGAGGAACAGGCGACGGAGACUUGGAGAGAAGACCAGGAGAAGACGUGUGGUUAGAGCUGCUGGGAGUAAAGUCACAUACACACAAUUGAAACCCCCUUUCGCUCGGCUUAUGGGGUCACGCCGGCUCGGGAUGUGCUCCACUGCUCCCGUACUGCCCGCCGCGGAAGGAGACGCCGAAUGACAGCCACGUCCAAGCCCCGCGCGCGCUAAUUAGGAAAACCUGUGGGCCAAUUAAUUAAAAGCGCGAGGACGAACGGAGCGGACGGAUUGGUGGAGGGACCCAGCGCACGAGAGCACUAGCUCCCCUGGUACGUGGGCAUCAUGAGUUGGAGCUUCCUGACGCGGUUACUGGACGAGAUCUCCAACCACUCGACAUUUGUGGGGAAGAUCUGGCUCACGGUGCUCAUCGUCUUCCGCAUCGUGCUGACGGCAGUGGGCGGAGAGACCAUCUACUACGAUGAGCAGAGCAAAUUUGUGUGUAACACGCAACAGCCUGGAUGCGAAAAUGUGUGUUACGACGCCUUCGCCCCACUAUCACAUGUGCGAUUCUGGAUCUUUCAGGUCAUCAUGAUCACCACUCCCACCAUCAUGUACCUGGGCUUUGCCAUGCACAAGAUCGCUCGCAUGGAUGACAGCGAGUACAGGGUGGUCCGCAACCGCAAGAGCAAACGCAUGCCCAUUGUGAGCCGUGGAGCUGUGAGGGACUACGAGGAGGCUGAGGACAACGGAGAGGAGGAUCCUAUGAUCGCCGAGGAGAUCGAGCCCGAGAAGCCAGAGAAGCCCGACAAAGGCUCUGAGAAGAAGCACGACGGGCGGCGGCGGAUCCUGCGUGAUGGUCUCAUGAAGGUGUACGUGUGCCAGCUGCUGUGGCGCUCUGCCUUCGAGGUGGCCUUCCUGUUUGGACAGUAUGUCCUUUAUGGCUUUGAAGUCAUCCCAUCCUAUGUGUGCACGCGCUCGCCCUGCCCACACACGGUGGACUGCUUUGUGUCUCGCCCCACGGAGAAAACCAUCUUCCUGCUCAUCAUGUACGUGGUGUCCUUCCUGUGUCUGCUGCUCACUGUGCUGGAGAUCCUUCACCUGGGCAUUGGGGGCAUUAGAGAUUCUUUCCGCCGUCGCGCGGCUCAUAACCCUCGCCCCCGACCUCCCCUGUCCGGGCCAGCCAUACCCACUGCCCCGCCUGGCUACAAUGCCACCAUGAAGAAGGAGAAGCUCAAGAGACAGCUUAGAGACUCUCCUAUGGGCGACUCUGGGCGGGAGAGCUUCGGGGACGAGGGCCCCUCCUCCUCUGAGCUGGAGCGCCUCAGGAGGCACCUGAAGCUGGCCCAGCAACACCUGGACCUGGCCUACCAGGUGGACGAGGGCAGCCCGUCCCGGAGCAGCAGCCCGGAGGUCAACACGGCCGCUCAGACCGCAGCUGAGCAAAACAGGCUCAACUUUGCCCAAGAGAAGCACGGGGAGACCAGCGGGAAAGGAAUCCAUGCCUGAGCGUGCUUCCUGCUUGUGUGUCGUCCGCUCGCCCGGCCCUCUCCACGGCUCAGCGCGGCACAGGAAGCACAUAUGGGAAUGCAGUCAGACCACUGAGACUGGAGACCAAAGUGUGUGAAAGCAGUGUGCAAGUGUGCAUAUAUGUGUGUGUUUGUAUGUGAGGAGGAACGUGCCUUUCAGUAUUCCAGGGCCAUGAGCAGGCCCACAGAUCAUCUCCAGACUUGAAAGCCUGCCACAUCUCCAGUCUGUGCUUGCAGACGCUCCAGACCUUCUUUGUCCACUCAGUACUCGUGUUUCUCCAGGACCCAUCAGGAUUACCCACCAUGUUUCCUCUGUGACACUGCCCUCUUUGUGGAGAAGCAAGCAGACGCAUUUUUACGGCGGCUUUUGUGUUAGAUUUUUUUUUCUUAAUUUAAAAUCCACUUGUCAAAAAAGAAACAAAAAUCUUUGAUAGAUUUUGAAGCCUGUAUCCAAUCGGCCAAAAAAAUGUUUACCUGGGAAAUGCUUGAAUUCUUUAUAUCGACCGGAAAUGUUCCAAGAAAUUUCCAAGAUUUGUUUCUGUUUUAGUACAAUAAUGUUUAAUGCCUGAUUUAUUAUUUUGUUUUACUUUACCGUCAUGGACCAAAUGUGUAGAUGCUCCUAGAUCUGCCGAAGGAAUUCCUUUUUGUUAAUAUUCACGUGAGCAGUUUCCAUUUCCCAUGUUGUGCCAUUUCAUAUGAGGAAAUGAUUUUGCCUUUUAGUUGAACCAGCUGUAAACAUCGGUCUUCUGUGCAACUGUCAGAAUUCCUCCCACUUGAGCGGACAUUUCGGGGUGAGCCAUAUUUUCCAGCGCAUGGAGGAGACGGGGGAGGACAGAGGAGCACACAGCCUGGUGCCAGUGUGUCAAAGUCGGGCACUUGUCGGGGACUCGCUGAUGCCACGGAGCUGUACCAUGCUGUAGUUAUGUAAUCAUCUCAUUCCACUUUGUUUUUUUUUUUACUUAGUGUAAGGUACGACGUCGCGUUUUGACUCUUGAUCUGUUUUCUAUGGCAAAUUUUGUAGUUUUUGUAACUGUAGAGAUUAUUUUUCUUCAGAGUUAAUAAAUAUAUUUGAACAUGAUAA